AUGUCUCCAUGCACAGGUUGGGAAAAGGCUGAGGCUGAAGCUGCAGCAAUAAAAAAUCAUUUAGAAUCUGUAACGCUGUUGAAGCUCUCUGCUGAAGAUAGGGCCUCACAUUUGGAUGGUGCUCUGAAGGAGUGCAUGAGGCAGAUACGGAAUUUGAAGGAAGAACAUGAGCAAAAACUGCAUGAAGUUGUUCUUACCAAAACGAAGCAGUGGGCAAAAAUAAAGCUUGACUUUGAGGCGAAGAUAAAUAAUUUAGAUCAAGAACUCCUCAGGUCUGCUGCUGAAAAUGCUGCACUUUCGAGGUCUUUGCAAGAGCGUUCUAACAUGGUGAUAAAAUUGAGUGAGGAAAAAUCACAAGCUGAAGCGGAGAUUGAACUUUUGAAGAGCAAUAUUGAUUCGUGUGGAAGGGAAAUAAAUUCAUCUAAAUAUGAACUCCAUAUAGCUACCAAAGAACUAGAAAUUCGUAACGAGGAGAAGAACAUGAGUGUGCGAUCAGCAGAAGUGGCAAACAAGCAGCACUUAGAAGGAGUUAAGAAAAUUGCUAAGCUGGAAGCAGAGUGCCAAAGAUUGCGUGGUCUUGUUAGGAAGAAGUUGCCUGGUCCUGCAGCACUGGCGCAAAUGAAACUAGAAGUUGAGAACUUAGGCCGGGAUUUUGGAGAAACUAGAGUAAGGAGGUCUCCAGUAAAGGCCCCAAAUCAGCACUUGCCAUCAUUGCCUGAAUUUUCUCUGGACAGUUUACAAAAGUACCAUAAAGAGAAUGAUUUACUGACAGAACGUCUGUUGGCAAUGGAAGAAGAAACAAAGAUGCUGAAAGAAGCCUUGGCAAAGCGCAACAGUGAACUGCAAGCUGCCAGGAACAUUUGUGCUAAGACAAUCGGCAAGCUUCAAAGUUUAGAAGCACAACUGCAAGCUCCUAGUGAACAGAAAAGAACUCCAAAAUCUAUUGUCCUGAUCCCCACGGAAGGUUCCUUCAGUCAAAAUGCAAGCAAUCCACCAAGCUUAACCUCCAUAUCUGGAGAUGGGAAUGAUGAUGAAGCAAGUUGUGCCGGCUCUUGGGCUACAGCAUUGGUCUCUGAGCUCUCUCAUGUCAAGAAGGAAAAGAACAUUGAGAGUCCAAACAAGGCAGAAAAUGCAAAUCACCUGGAGCUAAUGGAUGAUUUUCUGGAGAUGGAGAAACUGGCGUAUUUAUCGAAUGGUUCAAAUGGAGCUAUCUCCAGUUCAGAUAUACCAAAUAAUACGAGAUGUGAAACGCAGGGACUGUUGGAAGAUCAGGUGUCUUUUAAAGUGGAGGUUUCAGAUCUAAAUUCUCAAUGUGAUGCAGAGUCGCUGCCCUUCAUGAAGCUCCGAUCAAGAAUCUCAAUGUUACUUGAAUCAAUGUCUAAGGACACUGAUAUGGAGAAAGUUUUGGAGGGUAUUAGGCAUGUUGUGCAGGACAUGCACAACGGUCUGCAUCAGCAGCCAGUCGAGGCAACUCACUUGCCAGAUGAAAUGUGUCGUGAGGCUAGUCUUGAGGAUGCUGAAUUACAUGCAGAAAAGGAAAUCUCUUUGUUCCAAAAUUGUAAAUAUGGUACAGAUACUGUGCAUACAAUAAGCCAAGAAUUGGAAGCUGCUAUCUCUCAGAUUCAUAACUUUAUCUUGUUCCUGGGCAAAGAGGCUAAGGCUGUCCUGGUUCCAUCUCCUGAUGGAGAUGGACUGGGCCAAAAACUGGAGGAGUUCUCUGACACCUUUAAUGAGGUUAUAAACGGCAGUACAAGUCUGGUUGUUUUUGUUCUUAAUCUUUCUUAUGUGUUGACUAAAGCCAGUGAACUCCACUUUAAUGUUCUUGGCUAUAAAAAUGCUGAAGCAGAAACCUGUAGUUCUGAUUGCAUAGACAAGGUUGCCUUGUCAGAGAAUAAGGGUGUUCAGGAUUCAACGGGUGAGAAAUAUUUAAACGGUUGUGCCCGCUUUUCUGGUUCAAUUUCUGAUUCCGACAUUCCCCAUGAAAGAGGUUUUGUCCCGACCUCUGAAUCAGCUGCCUCAACAAGGAAGUGCUCACCGGAGGAGGUUGAACAAUUGAUAUUAGAAAAAGAUAACAUGGUAAUAGAUCUAGCUAGAUGUACAGAAAAUCUGGAAAGCACCAAGUUCCAGUUGCAGGAAACAGAACAGCUUCUAGCAGAGGUUAAAUCACAGUUGACAUCUGCCCAAAAGUUGAAUAGCUUGGCUGAGACACAGCUAAAAUGUAUGGCAGAGUCAUACAGAUCACUUGAAGUGCGAGCUGAGGAGUUGCAAACUGAAAUAAAUCUUCUGCGGACAAAAACAGAGAAUUUGGAUAAUGAGCUUCACGAGGAGAAGAGGAGCCAUCAGGAUGCUUUGUCCAGGUGCAAGGAUCUUGAAGAGCAAUUGCAAAGGAUUGGGAGUUGCCCAGCUGUAGAUAUUGACACCAAGACUGACCAGGAGAGAGAAUUAGCAGCUGCAGCAGAAAAGCUAGCAGAGUGUCAAGAAACCAUUUUUCUUCUUGGCAAGCAAUUGAAAACUUUGCGUCCUCAAACAGAGAUUAGGUGGUCUGCAUACAGUCAGAGGAGUCACAAGGGUGAAGGCUUCUCUGAAGAAGAACCAACGACCAGUGGCAUGAAGUUGCAUGAGAGUGAUCCUGCCGAGAUGGAUACUGCUCCUUCUGCCGAUCUGCAGGGAUUAAAUGGCGAGUCCCCCAUGGAUCUACACAAUGCGCCACUUAGCUUCCCAGACUCUGAACCAAACAAUUUAUUGAGAUCACCAAGCGGUUCAAAGCGUCCAAAACACCUGCCCACCAAGUCAAGCUCCUUUUCUUCAUUGCCUGCUCCAACUCCCGAGAAACAUUCUCGUGGUUUUGGCAGAUUGUUUUCCUCAAAAUAAAAGAAUGGCCAAUACGGCUUGCAUCCCACAAGCUAGAUAGAAUUUUGUUGGUUGAAGAGGCCUUGAAAUACGAUCCAGAAGCUGCAAAUAUAUACACUAAAGUCCUGUAGAUAACAGUCAGGAUCAUCUUCAACAUGUCCAUCUCUUCAGUGUCUAAGUUGUUUCUCAAACUGGUAUUUCAAACUUGUUUGAAUUACAUUUGCUGAAGAUUGGAUGGUUAAUCAGCCGUUGAUAUGAUCACUUGUUGCCUACUUGCAUACAAGGCCAUACAUGGCUACCACUUCUUGGAUCUUUCUCUUUCAAAGCCACAUGUUCUAGUUCAUAUCGUGGAGACCUUAUUUCAGGGGAUGCUUUGUGAUUAUUGUGACAUAAAUUUUGUAUGACUUUACUGUAUAUGAUCUCGGUAUCUUAUAUUUUGUUUUGUUUUCUACUCGCCUGAAUAACAUUUUUCAUUUGAAC